UGUGUGUGUGUGUGUGUGUGUGUCUUCAGUGAGACUGCCUGAGCUGUAAGAUGUCGACAGUGCUGUUUGCCUCCGUGGUUCGGGUCGGAGACGGCCUCCCUCUCUCUGCGUCCACGGACUACGAGCAGGACAAAGAGCUGCAGGACACCAAGAGACACCUCAAGGGUCUCUCCAAGAAGCUCGGACAGUUCCCCGACCGCUGCACGCUGAAGACCGGUCCCUACAACGUCAAUUUUACGAGUGCGCUGGGUGUUGGAUAUCUGAUGGUUUGCACCUCAAACUACCCGAACGUUCUGGCCUUCUGCUUCCUGGACGAGCUGCAGAAAGAGUUCAUCGUCACCUACGACCCCAAACGCAUCGGGAGCGCUGUGAGGCCGUACUCCUUUAUCGAAUUUGACACCUUCAUCCAGAAGACCAAGCAGCGCUACAACAGCCCUCGCUCUCUGUCCACCAAGAUCAACCUGGCUGACAUGCAGACGGAGAUCAGGCUGCGACCGCCGUACCAGCUGUCUGCGGAGGACCUGCAGGCCGUCAACGGGUUCUCAGCGCGCACCUCCAAGUACAAGAACAUCGCUCCCUCCCAGAUGUUGGAGCCGGUGACUCUCUCGGGCAUCGUGUCCUGUGUCCUCAGCGUCCUGUGUGGAGGCCUCAACCUGCUGAGAGGAGUCCACGCUAUAGAGAGCAUCCUGCAGAACGACGACGAAGACUUUAAUUACGUGAUUGCCUUCUUCCUGGGCACGGCGGCCUGUCUGUAUCAGGUAAGUGAUGCUCUGCAGUGAGAGCGACUCGUCUCUGGCUGACUAACAGCGCUGCACUUUACAGCUCAGCAGCCUGUCAGCUCGACUAACAUUAGCAGAAAGCUCUGAGCCGCUCGACCGCCGCUUCCUUCUCUAAAGCGUUUCCAUCAGCUGCUGAAUCCACGAUGAGAGGAACUGAUAUCAGACGGGCUUCUUAUUUAGACUUAUUGUCUCAUGAAGGACGUUAAUGAUGGAAACAUGUCAACAGAGCAAGGUUCACGUUUUCCAUGACUUAUCCAGUGUUUCACAUUACCUACAGUCUAGUUAGUCCUGUUACAGCUUCAUAAUGAACCGUCUAUAUUCAUACA